ACGAUAUAAAGAUAAACACGUCCGUUUAUUAUCCAUGUACCAGACUAGUACCUAAAAAAAAACCUUGAAACGCAUUAUCUGUUCAACAGAGUAAGAUUUUUGUAAACCGUCUAACCGAACAGUCUUGUGAUGGAUUUAAUCAUUAUCUUGGAAUAGGUUUAUUUUUAGUAAAUGUCGCUAACAUUAGAAGAUAAGCAGCUAGUCACGUAACAUUAAGAAUUCCAGUAACCGUCUAAAGCUCUUAAUAACGUUAUUUAAUGUGACUUAAUUUCGCUGUUAGUACGAUUUUAUGUUCAUUUAAACGGCUGUCGUGAUAUUUAAGGUAUCAGCGAGAUGGUUAAACACCCAUGACUAUUUGUUAUCAGCCUUAUUGUAAAAUGGCGUGUAUCGACAAGCAUGAUUUCGAGGAUGUGUUGCAACAUAGGAAAAGGUACAACAUGGCAACACUGAUUUGCUUUCAGGAAGUGGAGCCAUGAAUGGCCCGGAGCGCCCAUUGAAUGAGUUUUGUAGCGGUGUACAACUCCUAGUCAACAAUUUUUCUUUUUAAUUGCAAAAAUGCCUGGAAUGGUGGUUUUCGGUCGUCGGUGGGGGAUCGCCAGUGAUGAUCUUGUUUUCCCUGGAGCAUUCGAGCUGUUCCUCCGCGUACUUUGGUGGCUGGGCACCAUCAUCCUGUACACUUAUCACAAGGGUCAUUUUGAUUGUAACGGGAAUGGGGUGCUUCACAUCUAUCUGAUUGGAUUGUUGGUGGUGUUGGCACUCAUCAUCCUGUCUCUAUGUGCCAUUGUGUAUGUCAGCGCUCAAGGUACUAUAACAAACCCGGGGUCACGACGCUCCAUGCCAACGCUGGUGUACCUGCGAGCUCUCCUGUACCUACCAGAGCUGGUGUGGGCCUCUCUGGGGGCCGUGUGGGUAUCUGAUGAUGGUAAAGGUUGCGACCCGGCGACGGUUGGGGUCGUCAUCGCGGCAGUCGUCGCCAGUUGGAUCAUCCUGCUCUUCACUGCUCUGGGUGUCAUAUUUGUCUUCGACCCACUGGGCGAUCCUCGGCCUUCCGGUGCUCCCACGGAGCCACUGGGUGUGCGACACUUAGAGAGCAGCGGAGGAACUCAGUUCCUUUCCACAGCACGCUCACUAGCCGUCAAGGUGUGGGAGAGCAGGCUGCGACUUUUGUGCUGCUGCCUGCCGCAGGAUGAAAGCAACAGAGCGGCGUUCUCCAGCAUCUCACAGCUUGUCAGCGGAUUCUUCUCUGACACUGACUUGGUUCCCAGUGACAUUGCUGCUGGUUUGGCUUUGCUGCAUCAAGAACAGGACAAGCUGGAGAGGAGCAGAGAUCCAGAUGGCGUUUUAGAUCACAGUCCAUCCUCUCCCAUUGAAGAAGACCUGGAGUCAGAGUUGGAGCACUCUGUCCAUUUAAUGCAGUUUGCCGCUGCAGCUUAUGGUUGGCCUUUGUAUAUUUACUCCAACUUUCUCACUGGACCCUGCAAGCUUUGCGGAGACUGCUGUAGGAGUCGCCCCGGCGAGUAUGACAUUGUUGGGGGAGACCACCUCGGCUGUCAUUUUUCUUCCAUUCUGCAAAGCACCGGAUUGCAUUACAGAGAUUUCAUCCACGUCAGUUUCCACAACCAGAUCUACGAGAUCCCAUUCUUUGUCUCUCUGGAUCAUAAGCGGGAAUUCAUUAUUGUUGCUGUCAGAGGAACCCUGUCAUUAAAGGAUGUCCUGACAGACCUUUCUGCUGAAUGUGAGAACCUGCCCAUGGAUGGUGUGACCGGCGCCUGCUACGCUCACAAGGGCAUCAGCCAGGCGGCAUCUUACAUAUAUAAGAAACUGGUCAAUGACGGAAUCCUGAACCAAGCAUUCACUGUUGUGCCAGAGUACAAACUGGUCAUUACGGGUCACAGCCUGGGUGCAGGCGCCGCUGCAGUGCUGGCCAUCCUAUUGCGCAGCUCCUUCCCCACGCUGAAGUGCUACGCAUUUUCUCCACCAGGGGGACUUCUGAGCAAAGCCUUAGCUGAUUACUCCAAGGACUUUGUGGUGUCUGUUGUACUGGGAAAAGACUUGGUUCCACGAUUGAGCCUUCCCAAUAUGGAGGAUCUAAAAAGAAAAAUACUGAAGAUUGUUUCAAAUUGCAAUAAACCUAAAUACCGUAUCCUUUUGCAAGGAUGCUGGUACGAACUGUUUGGAGGAGAUCCAGAUGACUUUCCUUCCGAAAUGGAGAACAGAAGGGAGCAGGAGCUCAGUCAGCCCUUGCUCGGCGAAGAAUCGCUUUUGAUCCGCAACUCGUCGUCCUAUCAAAGCCUGGCGUCGGACGACUCACCUGUUCACACUGUGCCACACAUGCCUCUUUUCCUGCCAGGACGCGUUCUACAUAUUUUGGAAGAUGGCUCCACGCGCAGGUCUUGUAUAUCCCAGGUUCGAUACCGUGCAGAGUGGUCAAACGAAAUGGCAUUCAGGAGCAUUCUGAUCAGCCCCAGGAUGCUAGUGGAUCACAUGCCGGAUGGUGUGCUUCGAGCUCUUGAGAGCCUGACCAGAGACAAGCCCUACUCCCUCUGCCCGUCAUCCUCAAACCACAGCCAGCACAACAUUGUCUGAAUGUACCACACAAGAUUUACAAAGUAAAUACGGCGUUUAGCUUUCUCCACGCGCAUUAUUUCGAUGUCCUACCAUGCUGUUCGUACGCCUAUUGUUUUUUUUAAAAAAAGACUUACCAAGAGACCUUUUGAAAAAAACUCCAUUGUAGUUGUUAUAAGACGAGGAAAUUAUUUUCCUGUUUUUUGGGGGGGGAAUUUUGCACUUUUAAUUAUUUAAUUCUAAUACUGCUUAAUUUUCACAUUUUUUGUCUUACCUUGUGAGGCUUAAUGGCAUGAUCUAUGAAUGUGCUUUGUGUACAAUAUUUGACAGUGAGUAUUUAUCCUAUUUGUAUAAAUGUUUGUGCGCGUAUGUUGUAUCGCUGCACAAGGCCGAACCGCCCAUGCAGAGCCGGCCCUGGGCAUAGGUGAGCUAUGCAGGAGCCUAGGGAGCCAUCAAGUGGAUGGGGCAACAAAUUGUGUGUGGGGG